AUGGCUGAUAAAGAUAAAUGUCUCUUCAUAAAUGCAAUAAUCGUACUCCUGACUGCUCACAUUUGUGAUUCCGUGACCAGCAGCGGGCUGCGGAAUCUUUCGCUGUCCAUCAAACCGCCGUGGGUACGGCGCGGUCAGGAAGCACAGCUACACUGCCAGUACGAGAUGGAGGGGGCCCCGCUCUACUCCGUCAAAUGGUACCGGGGAACGCUCGAGUUCUAUCGGUAUUCACCGUUCGAGAAUCCGCCUGCGAAAAUCUUCCCGUUCACCGGUAUUAAGGUCGAUAUGACGGUUUCCAAUGCAACGCACGUCACGUUACGGAACGUCGGCUUCAACCUGUCUGGCAACUUCACCUGCGAGGUUACAGCCGACGCACCCUCCUUCUACACGGGCGUAGCCACCAACGUGCUGACGGUCGUGGAACUGCCGCAUUCGCCGCCGACACUGUGGACGGAGCACACCAAGUACGAUCCGGGCGACAUCCUGAGGGCCAACUGUUCUACGCCACCCUCGAAACCGGGCGCGACGAUAACGUUUCUUCUCAACAGCAUAACGGUUGGCUUGGAACCCACGGCUCUUCAUCCCACGCACGACAAUCUGCAAUGGGCGUCACGGGACCUCACAAUUCAGCUCCUUCCGUCUCACUACGCCACCGGGCAGCUGAUACUGCGGUGCUUGGCCGAGGUCGGCACCAUCUAUUCGGAGGUAUCGCAGGCUCCGCUCGAGUCCAGCCGCAAGGAGCCCAUCCCGGAGCGAGUUACAUCGCCGAAUGGAGCCAUCCGGACCGGAAGCAGUGAACACCACCACCGACUGUUGCUGCUUGCCCUGGCGCUGCUGACAACACUGUCCGUAAUAAACCCAUUCGGAAUUGGUGCAUUGCUGCGAUAG